GUGAAUAAGAAAUAAAAUAAUGUUUAUGUGAUAAUGUGUUAUUGUUGUGAUGAGAUAUUUUUUAAAUCUUUAAUUAGGAUAAAUAAAUAGGACAUUCUUUCGAUGUGAAAUCAGGUAUUUUCUGACCCUAGAAAAUACAAAAGCAACCAAGAUGUUGAUCAAAGAAUAUAGAAUUCCUUUACCUCUCACUGUAGAGGAAUAUAGGAUUGCGCAGCUGUAUAUGAUAGCAAAGAAAAGUAAAGAAGAAAGCACAGGUGAAGGUAGUGGUGUUGAGAUCCUGGUCAAUGAGCCAUAUGAAGAUGGGCCUGGAGGAAAAGGUCAGUACACACAAAAAAUAUACCAUGUUGGUAGUCAUUUGCCAGGGUGGUUUAAAAGUCUUCUGCCAAAAUCAGCUUUAACAGUUUCAGAAGAAGCUUGGAAUGCUUAUCCCUACACAAAAACAAGAUAUACAUGUCCAUUUGUUGAAAAAUUCUCAUUAGAAAUAGAAACCUAUUACUUUGCUGAUAAUGGCCACCAAGAAAAUGUCUUCAAAUUAUCUGGGAGUGACUUGAAAAAUAGAAUAGUUGAUGUUAUUGAUGUUGUAAAAGAUCAACUGUAUGGCGCUGAUUACGUUAAAGAAGAAGAUCCAACACUAUUUGUUUCUCAGAAAUGCAACAGAGGUCCACUAGCCGAAAAUUGGCUAGAGGACUAUUGGAGAGAAGUUCAGGGAAAGCCACAACCAUUGCCAAAUGGAAAAUCACUAAUGUGUGCUUACAAACUGUGCAGGGUAGAAUUCCGAUACUGGGGCAUGCAAACCAAACUAGAGAAAUUUAUUCAUGAUGUUGCUUUGCGAAAAACAAUGCUACGUGCUCAUCGCCAAGCGUGGGCAUGGCAGGACGAGUGGCAUGGCUUAACGAUGGAAGAUAUAAGGGAAAUAGAACGACAGACUCAGUUAGCACUUCAGAAAAAGAUGGCUGGAGAUACCAGUGAUGAACAGGAUAUCUCUGAGGACAAUUCGAAAUCUCUAGCUGCCACAAUGAGUAGUCUUGAAAAGAAUGAAGAUGUGCCAACUCCGUUAGUGACUAAGAAAAAUAAUUUAGAAAAGAAAAUGCAGAAGCAUUUGAGCCCUGAAGGAACUCCCCCAUCAGAACACAAAAGUUCUAAAUCGAAUCUUAGAUCAUCGUCUUCCGGAUCUAUAAAGAGUUUACAAGUGCAAGCUGCUAACUGGCGCAUGGAAACUCUCGUUAGAGAAUCUGAGACGGAAACUGGUUCUGAGGACGAAUUUUACGACUGCGAAUCUUCGUUCAACAAAUGGUCUUCAAUGUGCUCGCUUGAUGAAGGAGACAUCGAUAUAUCACCGACGCAAGUAGAUCAAAACCAGGAAGACAGUAUUUUUAAUCCCUCGUUCCUCAAAAGAGUUACAUCCGAGAGAGGCUCUCGCCGAAUCGGCACGUUACAAAGUCACCAGAGUAUUGACGGCGCUCCUGAUACUCCAGUCCAUGGCUCGUGUCAAACAACAGUAUUAAUAUUAGUAUUUCAUGGUGGCAGCGUUUUAGACGCUAAUAUUGAUAUGACUGCUAAAAAAUCAGAUGUAACAACUUUUAAGGGUGCAUUUGAAUCUGUCAUGCGCCAACAUUAUCCAACUCUUGUAGGGCAUAUAGUAAUAAAGCUAGUACCUUGUCCAUCCAUUUGCACGGAAAGUCUAGGGAUAUUAUCUACAUUAAGUCCUUAUAGUUUUGAUUGUUCACCAUCUACGAUUGAAACACCAUCUCUUACUAACGACUUAAUUCCUAUUGGUGCGAUUCCUCUUAUUGCUACGAAUUCCCCAGAUUAUCCAGAGUCUGUAACAAAAACUAUAAACUCGGCCAAUGCAGUGUAUAAUGAAUUCAUAAAAUCAAGUGAUGGCAAAGGAUUCAGUGGUCAAGUCUGCAUAGUAGGUGACAGCAUGGGCGCUGUUCUUGCGUAUGACUCGCUUUGUCGUACUUUACAGUACCAAUCGCGACACGACAGUGAAAAUAGCAUUUUAGACACCGAAAUAACCAUUCCUAACGAUCCGACCGAAAAUUAUAUGAAUAAAUCUCAUCUCCAGGCUCCCACCCCGCGAAGAAGGUCGUCUUCGACGAGCGAUAAUCAGGUCAAACUGGAAUUUGAAGUCAGUGAUUUCUUUACAUUCGGUAGUCCUUUAUCGGUUAUCGUUGCAUCGAGAAAAAUAGCCGAUGAUAAAUAUCGUGAUAUUGUCAAACCACCAGUUCAACAAGUGUUUAACUUAUUUCAUCCGACUGAUCCCGUAGCUGCUCGAGUGGAACCUCUACUGUCAGCUCGGUUCACAAAUUUGCCUCCUAUUAACAUUGCGAGGUACGCAAAGUAUCCAUUAGGUAAUGGUCAACCAUACCACUUAAUGGAACUAAUCCAGAGUCACCCUCAAUUGUUUGGAGAUCACUUGCAAAUGCCUCCAACUCCGGUAUUGAGAAGGCUUUCUGAAGUAUCGAUGCAAAGUACAGUCAGUGGGUUGGUUGAUAAUAUUCCACUGAUUACUAUGAAUGCAUUGCAACAAAAAUGGUGGGGAUCUAAACGGUUAGAUUAUGCUUUGUACUGCCCAGAAGGAUUAAGCAAUUUCCCUAUGAAUGCUCUGCCUCAUUUGUUUCAUGCUAGUUACUGGGAGAGUUCUGAUGUCAUUGCGUUUAUUCUACGCCAAGUUGGACAUUUUGAUCUGGCUCUGUAUGGUCACUCAGAAGAUAAGGAUAACCAGUCUUUCAAGCCCGGUCAAGAAAGAGAAAAAUGGAUAAAAAAGAGGACGUCAGUAAAAUUAAAGAACGUUGCUGCCAAUCAUAGAGCUAAUGACGUGAUCGUCAAGGAAGGGUGCCCGCAAACGUUUACUGCCAGAUUUAUGUAUGGUCCACUAGACAUGAUUACAUUAACUGGCGAAAAAGUCGAUAUUCAUAUGAUGAAAGAUCCUCCAGCAGGAGAAUGGACACUGUUGUCUACAGUCGUCACAGAUAAAACUGGCAGAAUCUCAUAUUCAUUAACUGAAAAACAAAGCGUGGCUUGUGGUAUAUACCCGCUAAGACUUGUUGUCAGAGGAGAUCAUACGAGCUGUAGUUUCCAUCUAGCGGUCGUUCCUCCCGAAACAGAAUGCGUUGUUUUCAGUAUUGAUGGCUCCUUUACCGCUAGCGUCUCUGUGACUGGCCGAGACCCAAAGGUUAGGGCAGGUGCAGUGGACGUAGUGCGGUUCUGGCAAGACUUGGGUUACCUUAUAUUAUAUAUCACUGGUAGACCUGAUAUGCAACAGCGGAGAGUCGUGUCAUGGUUAGCUGAGCAUAAUUUUCCUCACGGACUAGUAUUUUUCUCUGAUGGAUUCUCAACAGAUCCCCUAGGGCACAAAGCUGCACAUUUAAAAAGCCUCAUAAGUGAGCAUGGCGUUAUUCUCCAUGCAGCGUAUGGAUCUGGAAAAGAUAUUAGCGUAUACAACAACUGUGGAUUGUCCGCAAAGCAAAUAUAUGCAAUUGGACGCAUAAGUAAAAAGUAUAACCACAUGGCUACAACUUUGAGCGAUGGUUAUGCUUCUCAUCUGGCGGAUUUGAAGUCACCUGGCGCUGUUAGACCUGCGAGGGGAAAUGCGCGCUUGCUCGUGCCGCGCCGAUUACUGGCACCAGUGGCCAGCGUGUCAACUCGCGGCCGCCGUUAACUCAAACCUAUUGUGUAUCAUUCUUGGCACUGGCGUUGCAUGCAAAUUAGAUGAAAGCAUUAACAUGAAAUGAAUAACAUUGUAGAUGGUGAGCAAUAAAAUGAUAUUUGAAAUAAUAUUGUUGAGUCUUUACCUAAUGCUGUAACACUGCUAUCUGCUGUUACCAACUAUCACCCUUCUCAAUAUUAUGUUUUAAAAAUGUAUUAUUGAGUAACAUGUACUAGUCUUACUAGAUUCGUCAUGCUUGUGCAUCUUAUAUAAACUUGCGUAUUUCGAAGCCGUUACAACUAAGCAUUUGACUAUUGUGCGAAGAAAAGGCUAGACAAUCUAUCGUCACUAUGUACCUUACUAUUUUAAAUAAAGUAAUGGUAUGUUAUGCGUUACCUACUAUAGGCGUUAUAAGAAUAUUUAAAGGAUUCUUUAAAAAUUGGUGAGAUAAGUAUCUACUGGAAAAGUAAAUUGUAUUGGUUUAGUUUAGGCAAUGUAGUAUUUUGUAACCUAUCGUAGAUGCCGCAUCACAUACCACUGUUUAAUGAUAUAAUAGGCAUAAGAAUUCUUGUUAUCUACUUCUCGUGAUUUUAAUUGGUGAAAGCCUAUUGUUUUAGAUAAUUAUUAUUUUAAUAAUAUAUGUAUUUAUAGAAUUGUUGGUAAUCUCCGAACAUUGAGACCGACAAGUCGAUGUUCUAGUCGUACCUACGCGUUUUUCUCGUUCGUAUUUCAAUAUGUAGAUAAGUUCCAUUUUCAAUAAGUGUAUGUAACGUAAUGUGAAGUAUUUAUGUUCCGGUGAGAAUUUACGUAACGUAGGUCGUACCUGUAGGUUCUGUGUGCGUGUCUAGAUAUGCAGUGCAGUGCCUCAGUGUCCUCGUUUUAUGAUACGCUGAGCGCUGACCUGACCGGACACUAGCAUGUAGUGCCGAGUGCAGAUGACACAAAUACUAUGUAAUACUACCUAUUGCUUUUUAACUACCAACCUAAUGGUGUUUAGACGCUUUCCUAGCCCUAUUUUGUUCAAGUACCUAUAAUAGUGUAUCUAAUCUUUAAAACUUUAAAUUGUAUUGCAAUGCAAAAUAACUCUUAUGAGAACUUACUUUAAAAAGUCCAAUAUGCUCUAUUUAUACCUACCUACAAAUU